GGUACAUUUUUGGUCGGUGGCCGCGGUGCUGGGCCGGGGGUAGGAGGGGACACGGAGGCCGCCCUCAACCCGCCACCCCCCACCCGCUUACCCCCCGCCCCGGCUCCAGGAGAUGUGCCGGGCGGGGGGCCCGGGUUCGCGGAGCCGCAGGACAGACGCACAGGGCCGACCCCAGAGCGGCGCCGGACAGGCUGGUGGGCCAGGCCUUGGUGCCCGCCCGGUGAUGCGGGGCAAGGCCCCCCGAGCAGGCCACUGAGAGCUCCGCACACGCCUCUGGCUGCUGCCGCCAUGGCCCGCCUGGCCGCUGUGCUCUGGAGCCUCUGCGUCACUGCUGUCCUGGUCACGUCAGCCACCCAAGGCCUGAGCCGGGCCGGGCUCCCAUUCGGUCUGAUGCGGCGGGAGCUGGCAUGCGAGGGCUACCCCAUCGAGCUGCGGUGCCCAGGCAGCGACGUCAUCAUGGUGGAGAACGCCAACUAUGGGCGCACGGAUGACAAGAUCUGCGACGCCGACCCCUUCCAGAUGGAGAAUGUGCAGUGCUACCUGCCGGAUGCGUUCAAGAUCAUGUCGCAGAGGUGUAACAACCGCACCCAGUGUGUGGUGGUCGCCGGCUCCGAUGCCUUUCCUGACCCCUGUCCAGGGACCUACAAGUACCUGGAGGUGCAGUACGACUGUGUUCCCUACAAAGUGGAGCAGAAAGUCUUCGUGUGCCCCGGGACCCUACAGAAGGUGCUGGAGCCCACCUCAACACAUGAGUCAGAACACCAGUCUGGUGCAUGGUGCAAGGACCCACUGCAGGCCGGGGACCGCAUCUAUGUGAUGCCCUGGAUCCCCUACCGCACGGAUACGCUGACUGAGUACGCCUCAUGGGAGGACUACGUGGCUGCCCGCCACACCACCACCUACCGCCUCCCCAACCGUGUGGAUGGCACAGGCUUUGUGGUCUAUGAUGGUGCCGUAUUCUAUAACAAGGAGCGUACACGCAAUAUCGUCAAGUACGACCUCCGGACGCGCAUCAAGAGUGGGGAGACGGUCAUCAACACAGCCAACUACCACGACACCUCGCCGUACCGCUGGGGUGGCAAGACCGACAUCGACUUGGCUGUGGACGAGAAUGGGCUGUGGGUCAUCUAUGCCACUGAAGGCAACAACGGGCGGCUGGUGGUGAGCCAGCUCAACCCCUACACUCUGCGCUUCGAGGGCACCUGGGAGACGGGCUAUGACAAGCGCUCAGCGUCCAACGCCUUCAUGGUGUGCGGUGUCCUCUAUGUGCUGCGCUCUGUGUAUGUGGACGACGACAGUGAGGCGGCUGGCAACCGCGUGGACUAUGCCUUCAACACCAAUGCCAAUCGUGAGGAACCCGUCAGCCUUGCCUUCCCCAACCCCUACCAGUUUGUCUCCUCUGUUGACUACAACCCACGUGACAACCAGCUCUACGUCUGGAACAACUAUUUUGUGGUGCGCUAUAGCCUGGAGUUUGGGCCACCCGACCCCAGUGCUGGUCCGGCCACUUCCCCACCCCUCAGCACAACCACCACAGCCCGGCCCACUCCACUCACCAGCACAGCCUCACCCGCCGCCACCACCCCACUUCGCCGGGCUCCCCUCACCACGCACCCUGUGGGUGCCAUCAACCAGCUGGGACCUGACCUGCCUCCAGCCACAGCCCCAGCACCCAGCACCCGGCGGCCCCUGGCCCCCAAUCUGCACGUGUCCCCUGAGCUCUUCUGUGAACCCCGGGAGGUACGGCGGGUCCAGUGGCCAGCCACCCAGCAGGGGAUGCUGGUGGAGAGGCCCUGCCCCAAGGGGACACGAGGAAUUGCCUCCUUCCAGUGUCUACCAGCCCUGGGGCUCUGGAACCCCCGGGGCCCUGACCUCAGCAACUGCACCUCCCCCUGGGUCAACCAGGUGGCCCAGAAGAUCAAAAGUGGGGAGAAUGCAGCCAACAUCGCCAGUGAGCUGGCCCGCCACACGCGGGGCUCCAUCUACGCAGGCGAUGUCUCCUCCUCCGUAAAGCUGAUGGAGCAGCUGCUAGACAUCCUGGAUGCCCAGCUGCAGGCCUUGCGGCCCAUCGAGCGUGAGUCGGCUGGCAAGAACUACAAUAAGAUGCACAAGCGAGAGAGAACCUGCAAGGAUUAUAUCAAGGCUGUGGUGGAGACAGUGGACAAUCUGCUGCGGCCAGAGGCUCUUGAGUCCUGGAAGGACAUGAAUGCCACAGAGCAGGUGCACACGGCCACCAUGCUCCUGGAUGUCUUGGAGGAGGGGGCUUUUCUGCUGGCUGACAAUGUCCGGGAGCCUGCCCGCUUCCUAGCUGCCAAGCAAAAUGUGGUCCUGGAGGUCACAGUCUUGAACACGGAGGGCCAGGUGCAGGAGCUGGUGUUCCCCCAGGAGUAUCCCAGCGAGAACUCCAUUCAGCUAUCAGCCAAGACCAUCAAGCAGAACAGCCGCAAUGGUGUAGUCAAAGUUGUCUUCAUCCUCUAUAACAACCUGGGCCUCUUCCUGUCCACGGAGAAUGCCACAGUGAAGCUGGCGGGAGAAGCUGGCACGGGUGGCCCAGGGGGCGCCUCUCUGGUGGUGAACUCACAGGUCAUUGCUGCAUCCAUUAACAAGGAGUCCAGCCGUGUCUUUCUCAUGGACCCUGUCAUCUUUACUGUGGCCCACCUGGAGGCCAAGAAUCACUUCAAUGCCAACUGCUCUUUCUGGAACUACUCGGAGCGGUCCAUGCUGGGCUACUGGUCGACCCAGGGCUGCCGCCUGGUGGAGUCCAACAAGACACAUACCACAUGUGCCUGCAGCCACCUCACUAACUUUGCUGUGCUCAUGGCUCACCGAGAGAUCUACCAGGGACGCAUCAAUGAGCUCCUGCUGUCGGUCAUCACCUGGGUGGGCAUUGUGAUCUCUCUGGUCUGCCUGGCCAUCUGCAUCUCUACCUUCUGCUUCCUACGGGGGCUGCAGACGGACCGCAACACCAUCCACAAGAACCUGUGCAUCAACCUCUUCCUGGCUGAGCUGCUCUUCCUGGUCGGGAUAGACAAGACUCAGUAUGAGAUCGCCUGCCCCAUCUUUGCUGGCUUGCUGCACUACUUCUUCCUGGCAGCCUUCUCCUGGCUCUGUCUGGAGGGUGUGCAUCUCUAUUUGCUGCUGGUGGAGGUGUUUGAGAGCGAGUAUUCCCGCACCAAAUACUACUACCUGGGCGGCUACUGCUUCCCAGCCCUGGUGGUGGGCAUCGCGGCUGCUAUUGACUACCGUAGCUACGGAACUGAGAAGGCCUGUUGGCUCCGAGUGGACAAUUACUUCAUCUGGAGUUUCAUUGGCCCUGUCUCCUUUGUUAUCGUGGUAAACCUGGUGUUCCUCAUGGUGACCCUGCACAAGAUGGUCCGAAGCUCCUCCGUGCUCAAGCCCGACUCGAGCCGCCUCGACAACAUCAAAUCCUGGGCCCUAGGGGCCAUUGCGCUGCUUUUCCUGCUGGGUCUCACCUGGGCUUUUGGCCUCCUCUUCAUCAACAAGGAAUCCGUGGUCAUGGCCUAUCUCUUUACCACCUUCAACGCCUUCCAGGGGGUCUUCAUCUUUGUCUUUCACUGCGCCUUACAGAAGAAGGUGCACAAGGAGUAUAGCAAGUGCCUGCGUCACUCCUACUGCUGCAUCCGCUCCCCGCCCGGGGGCACGCAUGGCUCCCUCAAGACCUCAGCCAUGCGAAGUAACACCCGCUACUACACAGGGACACAGAGCCGGAUUCGGAGGAUGUGGAACGACACGGUGAGGAAACAGACAGAGUCCUCCUUUAUGGCAGGUGACAUCAACAGUACCCCCACUCUGAACCGAGGUACUAUGGGGAACCACCUGCUGACCAAUCCUGUCCUGCAGCCCCGUGGUGGCACCAGUCCCUACAACACCCUCAUUGCUGAGUCAGUGGGCUUCAAUCCCUCCUCGCCCCCUGUCUUCAACUCCCCAGGGAGCUACCGGGAACCCAAGCACCCUUUGGGAGGCAGAGAGGCCUGUGGCAUGGACACCCUUCCCCUAAAUGGCAACUUCAACAACAGUUACUCUUUACGAAGCGGGGAUUUUCCUCCAGGGGACGGGGGCCCUGAGCCGCCUCGAGGCCGGAACCUGGCUGACGCUGCCGCUUUUGAAAAGAUGAUCAUCUCUGAGCUGGUUCACAACAACCUUCGGGGGAGCAGCAGCGUGGCCAAGGGCCCUCCCCCACCCGAGCCCCCAGUGCCGCCCGUUCCGGGGGGCAGUGGUGAGGAAGAGGCUGGGGGGCCUGGGAGUGCUGACCGGGCCGAGAUUGAACUUCUCUACAAGGCCCUGGAGGAGCCGCUGCUGCUGCCCCGGGCCCAGUCGGUGCUGUACCAGAGUGAUCUGGACGAGUCGGAGAGCUGCACAGCAGAGGAUGGGGCUACCAGCCGGCCCCUCUCCUCCCCUCCUGGCCGGGACUCCCUCUAUGCCAGCGGGGCCAACCUGCGGGACUCGCCCUCCUACCCGGACAGCAGCCCCGAAGGGCCCAGUGAGGCCCUGCCCCCGCCCCCUCCUGCACCUCCUGGCCCCCCUGAAAUCUACUACACCUCUCGCCCGCCGGCCCUGGUGGCCCGGAAUCCCCUGCAGGGCUACUACCAGGUGCGACGGCCUAGCCAUGAGGGCUACCUGGCGGCCCCAGGCCUGGAGGGACCAGGGCCUGAUGGGGAUGGGCAGAUGCAGCUGGUCACCAGUCUCUGAGGGACCUCAUGGACCAGAGACCAGUGGCCCAAAGCUGAGGCAGAACCCUGGGCAGGGCUCUGGUAGGGAAGGGGACUGGUGGAGGCAGUGGCUGUGGGACCACUCUUCUCUAGAGGCACUCCCAGCUGUGGGCCUGACAGCACCCUCUAGGGGACUCUGGUGGGACCUGGGGUGCAGGGUCACAGGCAGGGUUUCCCACCAGCCACAUGCGCCAGCUCUGUUUUUUGGGGAAGUGCAGUAAGGAGCCCAGGGGUCCCCAAGGCAGUGAGGAGUGGGAGCGUGGAAGGGCACAGCCCACUUCUGGACCUUCCCCCCCUUCCUAUCUCGUAGAGGGAAAUGAUGGCUUUGGCUUUCCUGGGCAGGAGGGGCAGCUGCUUUCUGAGUUUGCCAAAGGCCCCGCUGGAUCGAACCUGUCAGCUGCUCCUCUGUAGCCAGUGCUAUGGCUCCACCAGGAGGAAGCAGUGGGGGCAGAAAGAUGGAUGGACAGGUUCCUCCUGACUAUGGUUCCCUACUUCCUGGAAACUGGGGCCUGUGGCCCAAGAGAAAGCCUCAGGGCCAGGGCUGUGGCUGGUGGUUUAAAGGUUGAACUUUCUCCGAAGCUCCUUCCCCUUGCUCCUUAUCCUUGCCUCCCAGCCAAGCCUGCCCCCUAGCCCUCCAUGUCUGCACCCAAUGAUCCCCUCCCUUGGGGUGACUCCUGAAGAAGCACAACUCCCCGCAGGGCCCCCAGCCCACAGGGGUGGCCAUAUUUGGGCAGUUCCCAGUCCUGUGGGCUCUGCUAUCUGGGGAGCAGAUUUUGGGUCUGGAUCUCCCUGGGGAGUGGGUCCUGGGCUUGGAUCUUUCCCUAGGGGGCCCUCUUACCCCCCUUCCUCUCUCCUCCUCCCCCAUUGCUGUAAAUAUUUCAACGAAACAGAAAAGAAAAAAAGACAAAAAAAAAAAAGAAAAAGAAUCUCAUCACUUGAAGCCACCGGGAGCCUGCGGCCCAGGCCAGCUCUGGCUUUCCCAGGAGCAGAGCAGUGCCCGCUGCACCCGGCAGCCAGGACUUCUCUGUGUGUGUACGCAUCCCUGGCCAGGGCAGGGCACGGCAGGCCGUCAGUGCAGCUUUUUACAACCCAGAGACGGAAAACUAAAUCUAGAAGCAACAGCAAAACAAAGAACCUGUCUCCUUCCUGGCACCACGUGUCUGUCCUCUCCUCCCGGCCCCCUGCCAGGCAUCUCUCAGCCCUCCUGGGGGGAGUACCUCACCGCCUGCCCCAGGACCAGGGGCCUGUAUCACAUCCCCUGCCUCCCCACUGGCCCAGGGGAGACACCCCCACACCCAAAGAUGCUUUUGCCAAGAUGGCUGUGCUGUCCCUUUGAGUUCCUGCUUCUUGUAUAUUGCUUCUGGGACUCUGGGCCAAGGAGACAGGGCUUUGUUCCCAUCUAGAGAGGUUAAUGGGGGGCAUAAUGACAGGAAGGAGCUGGGGUAGGGGAGGGUGGCAGAGUUUGGUGGUGGUGGGCCUGGCUGAGGAGGCUUGGGAAUAGUGAGGCUGUCUUCUCUGAGGGGUAAAGGGGUAGAAAGGACCCUGCAGGAGAGAGAAUCAAUCACUUAUGAGGGUCUGGGGCAGGACAUCCAUGUCUGGGGCUGUACCCCUCAAACCUCCAGAUCCUGGAAACUCCAGUUUGGGGUACCUCCUGAAUACCUCUCCAACUCCCAGUCCCUUCCAGCCUGUUAUCCUGGCCUCCCCCACCCUACCCUCCAACUCUGGGGUAGUGUAGCCCCAAUGCUACAUUCAUUCAUCUCCUUCAUUGCCAUUUCCCCACGGGCGGCCCCUCCAUCUCUGCUCCAACCCCACCCUGUAUCUUGCCCGUCCCUUGUUUCUCACAAGUGCCAUGAGUUUUCAAACAUCUCCGGGUCUCGGCCUGCUGCUGCCAUGAACUUUGGGUUAAUGUGGAGGGGCUCUAGGGAGGAACAAGGGAAGGGGACAGGUAGGUGGCUGGAGGGACCCUUUUUGCUGCUAGAAAGCCCCUCCUUCCUCCUGAGGAGCUGGGGCUGGUGUGUCCCCAUCGAUUGGGGGAGAAGGGGUCAGACCAAAGAUGGUGGUUUGUCCCAUGUAGGGGAACAGGUAUGGGGAGAAGGUAGGGUUAGGUUCCUGCUUUGGCUUUUCCUGAGAGGGCUUAACCCAUUUCACCGGAGACUGUGGGUGUGGGGGCUGCAUGGGGAGGAGGAGCAAGGAAGGGGGCAGCUGUGGGGGGGAGGGGCAGGAGACUGCUAACUCUGGCCCUUCCUCAGCUUCACUAGACCAGGAGCUUCAUGGUGGGGAGGGGCAGUAGAGGUCUGUGAAGAACUGGACACAAGGGUAAGACAGAGUUGGCCUGGCCCAGGUGAGCCCUGUCUGAGGCUGCCUGUGCCACCAGAAGGGGGCUGGGAGGCCAGGGCAGGGGGUGGGUGAGUUCCUGGAGGGAGCUACUGAAGGAAUGGAAGGAGUUGACUUCCUCUCCCCUGCUCAGCCCUCCUUUAUCUCUCCAGACUCGGACAAUCAAGGGGGAGAGGGUAUGGUGAGUCCCUUGGUUCCCAUUCAAGCAGGAACCACUAAGGUGGAUUCCUAGGCCUCAGAGCUGUAUGGCAGGACCCCUGCCAUCUCUGCAGCCCAGUGCAAAGCCACCCCCAAGAGCCCAGGUGUUCCCCCACCCCAGCCAGACCUGGUGCCUUGAAGCCCCUCAGCUGGGACAGUAUAGAGAAGGGUCUUGGUUUCCUCUCCUACUCCCUUCCUUGGGCUCCUAAAUUCAUUUGCUCUUAAAUCUUGUUUUUCUCUGAUUUCCCCCCUUUUUGUUUUCCCUCGUCUUCCCUGUGUCUUCACUUCCCCUUCCUUUGUCUUUCUUGCUGUCUCUGUGUUCCUCUUUGUCUUCUCAUCCUCAGUUUCUCUGUCCAUUCGGGCCUCCUUUCCUACUUCCCCAGUCCCCCCCUCUUUGGUCUCCUUUUCGAUAUGCCAAACCAAUUUUGGGUCGAGUGCAUUUAACGAGAACAAAACAAAAGGCUCAUAACAACAAGAACGUUUCAGAAAAAAACAAAAAGUUAAAAAAAAAUUGUUGAGUCAAAAAUUCAAUAAAGAAAUUAAGAUUUCUUGGAAUGACA